CUUUUAUUUUUCGUUCUUAUUUUUUUGGAUUUUUCUUUCCCUCUCCUAUAGCGCUCGCGAGGAUGCUAUGCCAGCGCGAUUUCCGGCCGCAUUUCCCGAUUGCACGCUACAGCGCCUCAAUUUACAACAUAUGUUGUUGCCAAAGAUUGUGAUUUAGUUUGUGAACAGGCAGUUGAAAUUUUAGAGUAACAUAAUCAAACCAUGAUUAUUUUAUUUGUUAGCAAAUUCAGAUAUAGAUAUAGAUAUAGAUAUAAUGUUACUUCGAUUCCAAAAUCCCCAAAUUUAGGUGUCUUAAUUUCAUUUUUCCACACUAGUUCAUUAUUAUCUCCAAUUGUCAAACCUAUCAAUUGGAAAACUACCCACAGCUUUGUUAGGAAAAACCCUUUUCUUUCUCUCCUAGAACGAUGCAAUUCCCUUGUCCAGUUGAAACAAAUCCAGGCUCAAAUGGUCAUGACGGGUUUGAUUGAUAACAGCUUUGCUGCAAGUCGCCUUGUUGCGUUCUGCGCUCUAUCGCAGUCGCGAGCCCUUGAUUAUUGUACUAAAAUAUUGUUUGGAAUCCGAGAACCGAAUGUGUUUUCUUGGAAUGCGACGAUUAGGGGGUAUGUGGAGAGUGGUGACUUGGAAGGAGCUUUUAGGUUGUAUAAGAGAAUGUUGCAAUGUGGUGUGUUGAAGCCGGAUAAUCAUACUUACCCGAUGUUGCUUAAAGCUUGUUCUUGUCAAUCUUUGAAUUGUGUUGGUUUUGGUAUACUUGGGCAUGUGUUGAAGUUUGGGUUUGAAUUUGAUAUAUUUGUGCAUAAUGCAUCGAUCACUAUGCUACUCUCGUAUGGAGAAUUGAGGGCAGCAUAUGACAUGUUUGAUAAAAGUCGUGUGAGAGAUUUGGUAACCUGGAACUCCAUGGUUACUGGGUGUGUUAGAAGAGGACUGGCAAAUGAGGCUAUAAAAAUCUAUAAUGAAAUGGUGGCAGAGAAAGUGAAACCGAAUGAGAUUACGAUGAUUGGCAUGAUUUCUUCUUGUUCUCAGUUGCAGGAUUUGAAUCGCGGCAGAGAAUUUCAUCGUUACAUUGAAGAACACGGUCUUGAGUUGACGGUUCCACUCACUAAUGCUCUUAUGGACAUGUACGUGAAGUGUGGGGAGCUGUUGGCUGCGCGGGUUCUAUUUGAUAACUUGGCACAGAAGACCCUUUUUUCAUGGACUACAAUGGUUUUGGGAUAUGCUAGAUUUGGUUUUCUGGACGUUGCACGGGCCAUUUUAUAUAAAAUUCCCGAAAAGAGUGUUGUGCCGUGGAAUGCCAUCAUCGGUGGCUGUGUCCAAGCCAAGCACAGUAAAGAGGCAUUGGCUCUAUUCCAUGAAAUGCAAAUGAGUAAGGUAGAACCUGAUAAAGUGACUAUGGUUAACUGCUUGUCAGCCUGCUCACAACUAGGAGCACUUGAUGUUGGAAUAUGGAUUCACCGUUAUAUUGGAAUACACAAUAUUUCUCUAGACGUUGCCUUAGGAACUGCACUAGUCGACAUGUACGCCAAGUGUGGAAAUAUUUCAAAGGCACUCCAGGUUUUUGAAGAGAUUCCUCAAAGAAAUUGUUUGACCUGGACGGCCAUCAUUUGUGGUUUAGCGCUUCAUGGGAAUGCUCAUGAUGCUAUAUCCUAUUUCUCAAAAAUGAUUCAUAUUGGAAUAAUACCUGAUGAUAUCACCUUUCUUGGUGUGUUAUCAGCUUGUUGUCAUGGAGGUUUAGUUGAAGAAGGCCGCAAACACUUUUCCCAAAUGAGCUCUAAAUUCAAUAUAUCUCCUAAGCUUAAACACUACUCAUGCAUGGUGGACCUUUUAGGAAGGGCUGGUAAUUUGGAGGAAGCAGAAGAACUCAUUAAAAAUAUGCCCAUGGCGGCAGAUGCUGCUGUUUUGGGUGCGUUAUUCUUUGCUUGCCGUGUUCAUGGAAAUGUUCCAAUUGGAGAGAGGACGGCUUUUAAGCUUCUUGAGAUUGAUCCUCAUGAUAGUGGAAACUAUGUUUUGCUCUCUAGCAUGUAUGCUGAGGCAAAAAUGUGGAAGGAGGCAAGAAGCGCAAGGAAAAUAAUGAAGGAGAGAGGAGUAGAGAAGAGUCCUGGUUGCAGCUCAGUUGAGAUCAAUGGCAUUGUCCACGAGUUCGUGGUGAGGGAUGCAUCACACCCACAGUCUGAAUGGAUUUAUGAAUGUCUGGUUUCUCUGACAAAACAACUGGAGCUUCUCGAAUUUACAUGAUGCUCCUGCUUAUGGAGACAAUUUCUUUUCCGAAAUUUGUCAGCCUGGACCUAGCUUUUUCAGUCUAUUGACAUGGUUUAUGCUUAGAAAAUAAGAUUGUGCAAAGGUAAUAGAAAAGAGUGGGAGUCAUGGAAAUUGGUAUGUUACCAAUCUCUGCAUCAAAGAGAGGAAAGCUCUUAGCAGCUGGUUACACAACACUCCACUCCAUUGCUCGUACCUCCCCUACCCACCUUGCUCGAGAUAUAGAAGUUUCUGAAAGUGAAGCUUUAGAAAUUCUGAAUGUUGCAACCAGAACGAGUACUUUGGACAGAUCAUGUGGGAGUAACACUAAUAUUAUUGAUGGUGGUCAGACUGCUUGGGAUAUGUUCAACGAGGAAAGAUUUUCUUCUCUCAUUACCACUUCUUGUGUGGAUCUAGAUAACAUCCUUGGCGGUGGGAUUAAUUGCAAA